AUGUACAAAUUCCACAUUUCACCUUUUUUCCCUGAGAAAUUCUUUCUUUUAUAUAUUACUCAUCGAUUUUUCAUACAACAGGUGUUGGAAAAAAUGGCAAUAUUCGCCCUUUUUGGUGGCCACGGAAAAGUAUCUCUGCUUUUCACAAAGAUUGCAUCUGAAGCAGGACACGUUGUGUACAAUGUUGUUCGUGACUAUGUACAGAAUGAAGAUAUUGAGAAAGUGAACGGUCGAACGAAGGUUUGUUCACUGGAAAAAGCAUCUCCACUACAGAUUGCUGAGCUGUUGAAAGAAAUCAUGCCGGAUAUAAUCGUGUUCGCAGCUGGCUCUGGGGGGAAAGGUGGAGUUGAGAGGACCAAAGCUGUGGAUUAUGAAGGAUCUGUAAAAGUAUUUGAUGCUAUGAGGAUCGCAAGAAUUCGAAGGCUAAUUAUGGUAUCGGCGAUUGACAAUCGGGACAUGAAUCAACCUCCUCCACCCCAUUAUAAGGAAGCUGAUGUCGAAUUGAGUCUAAAAAUUCACAAAGCUAUUGGUACUUAUUAUCAUUAUAAAUAUAUUGCAGAUCAGGAACUGGUGCGUCGAUCCACUGAUAUUGACUGGACCAUCGUACGUCCAUCAGGGCUUACAGACGAGAAUAGCAAUGGUAAAAUUGCCAUUGGUAAAAUUUCGAUUAAUAGUAUGAUUUCCAGGGAAACUGUUGCUCGAGCUAUUCUAUUGUUUGCAAUGGAUCCACAGUCCAAACAUCUUAUUGCUGACAUUACGGAUGGUGACAUUCCGAUCCACAAAGCUAUAUCUGGGUUUAUUAUCAAAGGAGAAUCUUCUUAUACCUACUCUGUAUAA